AAACCCCAACUUUUUACCUCUUCUUCACUUGCAAUGGGAGGAAAUGGGGACUGGGGAGGCGACUCUUCUUCGUUUGUCCCUACUGUUGAAUCCACCUGCCACCCCCCACACGCUGCCCCCGUGACCUCUCCCCGAAGCCGCCCCUAUCGCUGGCGGCGGCGGCGGCGUCGCAAAGACGAGGAGAUGUCUCCUGCCUCCGCCCGCGCUCUCACAGUGGACUCUCUGAACCCAAAGGUGCUGGCUCUCGCGGAUCACCUCGGCGGAACCAUUGCCCGCAAAGCGCAGUGCAUGCAAAAAGAACUAGAGAAAAAUCCAAGUUUAUACCCGUUCAAUGAGAUAAUAUAUUGCAACCUUAGCAAUCCACAGUCCCUCGGACAACAGCCAAAUAAAUAUUUCCGUGAGGUUCUUGCCUUGUGUGAUUACCCCCAUCUUUUAGACCGGUGUGAAACUAGUUAUCUAUUCAGUUCUGAUGCAAUAGCGAAGGCCCGGGAGAUUCUAGACCUCAUUCCUGGAAGAGCUACAGGAGGAUACAGUCACUGUCAGGGUACUGAAGGGUUGCGCAAUGCUAUUGCUACUGGAAUAGCCUCUCGUGAUGGUUUCCCGUGUUACAAAGAGGACAUUUUCCUGACAGAUGGAGCGGCCCCACCGGUUCACAUGGUGAUGCACCUAUUGAUAAGAGACGAAAAAGAUGGCAUCCUUUGCCCGAUUCCGUCACACUUUCUGUACACAAAUUCCAUGGUUCUGCGUGGUGCAACUCUUGUACCAUAUCACCUUGAUGAAUCUGGAGGAUGGGGUGUGAGCAUUUUGGACCUGAAGAAGCAGUUGGAUGGUGCACGAUCAGAAGGUAUCACUGUGAGGGGACUUGUGGUGGUAAAUCCAGGCAACCCUACUGGACAGGUUCUUGCGGGGGAAAACCAGUGUGAAAUAGUGGAAUUCUGCAGAAAUGAAGAGCUUGUUCUUCUGGCAGAUGAGGUUUACCAAGAAAAUGUAUACACGGACGAAAAGAAAUUUAACUCUUUCAAGAAGAUAGCACGGUCCAUGGGUUAUGGCGAAGGAGAUAUAUCUUUAAUAUCGUUCCAUUCAAUUUCUAAUGGGUACUACGGAGAAUGUGGUAGCAGGGGAGGUUACAUGGAGGUAACUGGCUUCAAUUCUGAAGUUCGUAAUCAAGUGUACAAAGUUGCAUCCCUAAGCUCAUGUUCCAACAUUUCGGGCCAGAUCCUCAUGAGCCUAGUCAUGAACCCACCAAAGGUUGGAGAUGAGUCAUACACCUCUUAUUGGGAAGAAAGAGAAGACAUCAUAUCAUCAUUAUGUCAUUGUGGAGAGGCCAUGGUGCACACGUUCAACAGCCUGGAAGGCAUGACGUGCAGCAAGGCUGAAGGGGCCAUGUUUGUGUUCCCAUCUGUUCUACUUCCUACAAAAGCAAUUGCAGCUGCUGAGGCAAUUAGCAUCAAACCAGAUGUGUUCUAUGCUCUAUGCCUUCUUGAGAGCACUGGGAUUGUUGUCUUGCCUGGUUCUGUGUUUGGACAAGUACCUGGCAAAUGGCAUUUCAGAUGCACAAUCCUGCAACAGGAGGAGAAAAUGCAACGGAUCAUCUACCUCUUUCAGGCGUUCCACAAAGCUUUUAUGGAAGAAUUUCGCGACUAAAAUCCAGCUUAUUUUUAUGGGUAGCAGAACUAAGAAUUUCGGACAAAAACAUGAGUGUUGUAACAGUCAGUUGGAUGAUUUAUAAUCAGGAACUCUUGAGAUUUUCAUUCUCCACAUAUCUAUUACUACCAGACUUGUUCACAGUUUAAACUGCAUAUCAUUCAGUCCAGUACAAAAUUUGCUCU